AUGUCUCGCUGCUCUGCCACAGAUGUUGCCCUUUCUUUAGAAGUUGAACAUAACAUCCUUUCUCUUCCUCUCUGCCUUCAGGACCUGUCCUGCAUUGAUGACCUCUCUACAAACUCCCUGUUCUCCUCUCCGGCUGACUCGCUGUCGGAGUAUGCUGAUGCACAACCCUUCAUCAGCCCAGACAACCUGAACACAGUGCCCACCCUCUGGGACGUCAACACUAGUACCACCACCACACCAGCACAGAGCCAGCUAGAGCAGAAUGGCACCAGCAGGUUUCAUGGCUUGGCCAGUUUGGAUGAUAUACAUGCUAUUAUCAGCACCCCACCCUUAGGAGGAUUCCAGCCUCAGAGAACACAGCCGCCCCCAGAGGAAGAAGAGGAUGCUGAGGAAGAAGAGACUGAUGAACUGGGACAUGUAGACACAUAUGCUGAGUACAAACCCUCCAAAUCCACUAUAGGAAUUUCUCAUCCUGACAUAGUGGUGGAGACCAGCACUCUGUCCAGUGUCCCUCCUCCUGACAUCACAUACACUCUGUCUAUCCCUGAGCUAACUGUCAGCGGGGGCCUGCUGUCCGCUCUGCAGCUAGAGGCUAUUAUCUACGCCUGCCAGCAACACGAAGUUAUCCUGCAGAACAACCAGAGGGCGGGCUUCCUGAUCGGAGAUGGGGCCGGGGUUGGAAAGGGACGCACUGUGGCAGGAAUCAUCCUGGAGAACUACAAUAAGGGAAGGAAGAAAGCACUAUGGUUCAGCAUAUCCAAUGACCUGAAAUUUGAUGCAGAGAGAGAUCUCAAAGACAUAAAUGCAUCAUUUCUUCCUGUGCAUGCCUUAAACAAGAUUAAGUACGGAGACACAGCUACCUCAGAAGGAGUCCUAUUUGCAACUUACUCUGCGCUGAUCGGAGAGAGCCAGGCAGGAGGGCAGCACCGGACGAGAAUCAAACAGAUCCUGGACUGGUGCAAGCCAGACUUCGAUGGAGUUAUCAUCUUUGAUGAAUGCCACAAAGCCAAGAAUGCCACAUCUACAAAGAUGGGCAAGGCAGUGCUUGACCUGCAAAACAAGCUGCCGCGGGCCAGAGUGGUGUAUGCCAGUGCCACAGGUGCCUCUGAGCCAAAGAACAUGAUCUAUAUGAGCCGCCUGGGAAUCUGGGGUGAGGGCACGCCCUUCAGAGCAUUUGAAGACUUCCUGCAUGCCAUCGAGAAAAGAGGUGUCGGUGCCAUGGAGAUCGUUGCCAUGGACAUGAAAGUGAGCGGGAUGUACAUUGCCAGGCAGCUGAGCUUCUCAGGGGUGUCUUUCCGCAUUGAAGAGAUCGGACUGGACAGUGACUUCAAAGUGGUCUAUAACAAAGCUGCCCGACUGUGGGCAGAGGCUCUGCAGGUGUUCAUGCGUGCAGCGGAUGAGCUGGGCCUGGUCAGCAGGAAGUCUCUGUGGGGGCAGUUCUGGGCGUCUCACCAGCGCUUCUUCAAAUACCUCUGUAUUGCAGCCAAGGUGCGCUGCCUGGUGGAGCUGGCCAAGAAAGAGCUGCUGGCUGGAAAGUGCAUCGUUAUCGGGCUGCAGUCGACCGGAGAGUCUCGCACCAGAGAAGUCCUGGAUGAGAACGACGGCCAGCUCGACAGAUUUGUGUCUGCAGCAGAGGGAGUAUUCCAGUCGCUUGUAACAAAACAUUUCCCGUCAGAGAAACAGAGGAGAGAGAAAGCCCCGGGCCCAAAGAGAAAACGGAAGCCCCCAAGGGGUCGCCAUCCCAAGGUACCCAAGCACACGGUGGACAGCGGGGGUGUGAUCAACAUCAGCGACGACAGCAGCAGUGACUCCGACGGCAUGGACACGGACUCCAACUCCUCACCAGACUCCCUGCUAGACAAUGAUGAUGUCAUUUUUGUUAACCACACUAGCCACCAGACAGCCAGGAUAGAGGAGAUGAAGCAGGGGCUCCUCAGUAAAAUAUCCGUGCUGGGAAAAGAACUACCUCUCAACACCUUGGACGAGCUCAUCGAUAAGUUUGGAGGACCAGAUCAAGUCUCAGAGAUGACUGGUCGCAAGGGUCGUGUGGUGCGGCGUCCUGAUGGCAGCGUCCGCUACGAGUCUCGGGCUGAGCAGGGUCUGACCAUCGACCACAUCAACAUCAAGGAGAAAGAUCGCUUCAUGAGUGCAGAGAAGUUUAAAAGUACUGUAUCUAGUCCUAGGCCACUUCCUGUUAAACUCAAUAACCUGCGUUUGGGCAGGGCCAGGGCAGGGGCCAGGCCGCGGCCCCAGGCAGGCCAGGCCCUGGGCUUUCCCCUCCUCCACACUGCCAGCUUUUCCAAGGCCAGGAAACAACUCACCCUGUCCUCCCACCUACCCCACACGCCCACAUAG